AUGCUGCAGGACGGUGACGGCAAUAUUGUAAUGCUCAAAAGUAUAUUCGGCAAGCCGCCGCUUAUAAUAACACAAAAUCCCGAUGAUUUCGAGACGGUGUAUCGUCACGAUGGUAUUUGGCCCUAUCGCAAGGGUUUCGAACUCCUAAACUAUCAUCGCAAUGUGCAUCGUGUUGAUUACUUUGGCGUGGAGUCGGGUCUGGUUACGUCGCAGGAUAAGGCCUGGGGCAAUAUGUGUUCGGCCGUAAAUCCAAUUAUAAUACAACCCAAGAAUGUCAAAUUGUAUUUGGGCGCGUUGGAUAGCAUUAACCAACAGUUUUUAAAGCGCAUAAAACUUAUACGCGAUCCUGAAACUUUGGAGAUGCCCGCUAAUUUUAAAGAUGAGAUCAGCGCCUGGACACUGGAGUCUCUCGGCCGUGUUGCACUGGAUCGUCAACUGGGUCUUAUAGACAACACCAAUGCCGAAGGGCUAAAGCCCUCACUUUGGCGUCAGUUCAAGACACCCAAAUUGCGUGAUGUCCUCAGCGUAUUGGACGAAGGUCUCGAGAUAACAGACAAAUUCGUGCAGGAGGCGAUGGAACGCAUUGAGAAAUCGACUGAGGAAAAACUGGAAAAACUGUUGGCUAUUAAUCGCAAAUAUGCGGUUGUUAUGGCGCUGGACAUGAUGUUCGGCGGUGUCGAUACGACAACCAGCACCUUUGCGGCUAUGGUACUGGCGCUCGCCCAGCAUCCCGAUAAGCAGGAAAAACUACGCACAGAAAUUCUUGGAAUUUUGCCAGAGAAGGAUACGCCCCUUACGGUUGAGUCCAUGAAGAAUUUGCCCUAUUUGCUCUUUUAUCCACUGACUUCGGCCAAUGUGCGCAGCACGAGGCAGGAACUGGUGCUCAGCAGUUACACAGUGCCACCGGGCAGUGAAAUUGCCAUGGUCCAUUUGAAUCUGUGGCGCGAUGAGCAGCAUUUCUCGCAGCCGGACCAGUUCAUACCCGAGCGUUGGCUGCGUCAAAAGCAACACGACUCCAGUGGCUCCAAUGGCCGUCCCAUGGCCACCAAGUCCAGUCAUCCCUUUGCCUAUUUGCCAUUUGGCUUUGGCUCCCGCAGCUGCAUAGGUCGUCGCAUUGCCGAAAUGGAGCUGGAAGUGGGUGUCUCUCGUUUGCUUAGAAACUUUCAAGUAGAAUUCCAUCAUCCGGCCGACAAGCCCUUCAUUGCCUAUCAGCUGUCCAUGCCAAGCAUUCCGCUGCAGUUCAAGUUUAUCGAUUUAAAGGACUGA